AAAAAUAUUUGUAAUUCUAUUCAAAUUGCAAAGGUAUGCCAAUGAGAAAAUUAACGACACAUAUGAGAGGAAUAUGCUGGGAUACUGAACACAAUUUUUUUGAAGUGUUUAUUCUGUAAAUACAUUAGAUACGCAGUGCAUAACAACAAUGUUCAACACAGAUAUUUAAACUAAUGCUGUUUUUGUUUAGUUUUGAUAAAGAUAUGGAAAGUAACGAUUCUUUUCAAUUAAAGCCCAUACCAUCAUCUAAAGAUGAAAUAAUGGCAGAAUUAAAUGAGAUUAUCAAAAUGAGUGGUGAAAAUGCAGAAAAAAUUCCCAGGGUGUCACUUCUUCAUUUUAUGAUUUCAAGUAUUAAUAUCCAACGCCAUUCUAAAUCUGCAACGAUAUUGCUUGUUGGAAGUAGUGGAUCUGGCAAAUCAUCAACAAUAAAUCAUUUAAUGGUAACUGGAGAUGAAAUUCCUGUUGCUGAGACAAGUAAUUAUGAAUCAUCUACGAGAAAAACAUCUGAGUAUAUCAUUACUUUUGACGAACCCGAGUAUGAAGUGAAGGAUUUGGUGAUGAGAAUUAUUGACACCCCUGGCUUCAAUGAUGUUGAUGGCGUUGAACAAGAUGCAUGUAAUAUUGUAUCUAUAAAACGAUUUUUAAAAACACAUCCUCAAUUUCCUUCGGAAACAAAGGUUUAUCCAAAUCUUGUGUUCAUAGUUGACAAAGCCAAUAAUAAUAGAAUGGGAGUCAAUAGCACACUUUCAAAAUCAUUGAGAGGUGUCAAGAUGUUGGAUAUUGUUCACAAUAGUCAUCCCAAUCUCGUCGUCAUUUUAACACAUGCUUGUUCUGUUGGUUACAAGAAUGUGAGAAAAUGGCACGACACGAUGCAAGAAAAGAAAAAUUUUGUGUCAGAGCUUGUUUUUCAAACUUUGGGAGUGAGAGCGCCAGUUGUACUGAUAGAAAACAAUCCUGAUGAUUAUGGACUUGAAAAGAAUGGAGAUUUCACAGUUCUUCCCAAUGGUGAAAGACAACCUCUGAAUUUAUACAAUGCUUGCAUUACCUUACUUACAAAAAGCGAAGAUGGAGAAGCUGAAGCAGAUAAAUUUGGGCAUGUAGUGUUGAAUGCUGCAUUCUCACGAAUAAAAAAGAAUCGACCGACGAAUGAUCAUGAAGUUGAAGCCAAAAUUGCAGGAAAAGAGCCAUUAUCAAUUGAGGAAUUGAAAUUCGUAAAAUAUUUUACUGAAGCUGCUGAAGUAGGUAUUACCAAGUCAAUUACCGAGUCUGCAAACGAAUAUAUUUCCGAUAACAACAUUCAGGAAAAAUCUGUGAAAAAAGAACUUUUAGACCUUGUGGAAACUAUGAAUGCCAUGGGAUUGUCGGAUGAUUCAAAAUUGAAGCGUACAACAAUCAGUGAAAUCAACUAUCGUCAUGGCAACGAUAUAACUGAGCAUGGCCUUCGAAUGUUGGAAAAGAAAUUUGGGAAAAAAUGCGCAGACUUUAAAUCAUUUCAAGAAGCUGAAUUUAUUGGUCAGGGAUACAACCUUGUCACCGACGACGUUGUUUCAUCUCGGGUUUUGAAACUACCUCUCGUUUAUGAUAAAGACUUUGGCUUUAAAAUUCCUAAAUGUGCACAAAUAUCAUGGUUAAAUGAAACUCUACUUAACGAAAUACAUCGACAUAGGAAUGAAAGUUCCAUUAAAUCACGCCUAUGCGCCUUGGGGCUGGAUAUGAACAUGACACCGAGUAUAUUAAUGAUGGUGCAAGGGUUUGAUGUUGAUCUCAAGUUUGGUGUAGGUUUCAGCAUGCAGAAACAGGAAAAUGAUUUCCAAUCUUCGACCAAUAAAAGGCAGUUGAAAGAAGUAAGAAUAGCAAAGAUAAGUUUAGAUGAUAUUGAUUCGAACAAAAUUGCUUUUACUAAUGGGUUUCUGUCUGUAGUGGAAAAUCUACCAACUGAAAAUAUCGAGGACGAGAAUGUGAUGAAGGAGUUUAUGGAUUUUUUCAAUAGAUUCGGUCAGUUUGUCAUCACGUCUGCUUAUGUGGGGGGAUCAGUCGAAUUUGAUAGUCACUAUGAUACGACGAAUUUCUCAAAACAAAAUGAAAACAGUGUCGACAGUGAUAUUGGUGCAUUUAUUGGAAAAAUUUCUGGUAAACGACAAACAUCAGAGAACCAGGAAAACAUCCAAGUCUCAAAAACUACAUCGAGUUAUUGGAGAGGUGGGCGUUUAGACUUGCAAGUUGAUGGUGCGUUGCAUUCAGAAGAAAAAUUCUCGGAAUGGAGGACAUCUGUUGCUAAAGAUCCAGUGUUUUUGAAAAAUACAUUGACAUUGCAGCCAAUUUACACGUUAGUUGGAAUGAUUGAUGGAAAGAAAGGAAAUCUUACCAAACAAGUGUUUCAAAAAAUCUUUUAUACUGAGGCUUCAAGUGUUUACAAUCAUGAUUCCUACAAAAAAAGGAAGGAGCAGAAGCAAGCAAACAGAAAUUCCAACACAAGAAAUGGGUCGAGAAAAAAACCAAAUAUUCCUAUAUUGUCCAAAAUGAUCAAGACCAUCAAAAAGUAUUUAAAAAAAUUUUCAAUGUUACAAUGUUGAAGCACACGAAAGCUCAAUGGAAAUAUUUGCUAGGAAACAAAGGGUACACGCAUGGACUUUUUUUAUUUUUUAUUCAUCUUUUAUAAGCAGGUUUUCCUGGAAAUGGAAAUGUUAUUUACAACAAUAACACAACAAAUAAUUUGCACAAGGUCAUACUUCUUUCUCGCCUUCUUUAUGUAUCCGACAUCUUUCUUUUUUCAAAUUUACCUGUUCUUUUUUAAUAUGAGAUAGAACAUAUUAAAGAUUAUUGUGAUUGAAUUUCGAAUGUAGAAUUUAAACAAUAUGUACUACAAAAUGUACAACAUGUACUAUAAAAUGAAACUACGUAUUUUAGCUUUGCUUAGCAGUCAGCAUCAUGACAAUCAUUUGAUGUGAAAUGCUUUGAACACAAAACAAACUAUAAACCAGGGUUUGCGAUGAAAAAUGAUGAUAAAAGAUUUGAACACAGUUUUUCCAUUCGUAAAUAAAUACAUGCAGAAGAAGAAUAAUAGUUCAAACAUAAAUAUAUUAGCUAGUAUUCUCUCAUUCAAUUACAUAAAGAAAGCGGUCUCACGUGAGUACAUCUGACGAUUGGAUAUUCUGAGUUGUUUUGUUUCGAAUAAAAAUAUCGGUUUUCGUCGUACAGACGUAAA